GGCCCCGAAGGCCCCCGGGGGGCGGGACCUCCGACAGGCUCGGCGCUGGGCCCGAGCGGGGCCGGGAGCGGGUCCUUGGGCGGGAGCAGAGCCCGGGCUCGUCCGCUCCUCUCCGCCCACGAGGGGAUGCAGCUCCCGGAAAAGCGACUGGCGCCCCGGCCGUGAGAGCAGCCCUGCCGGCGGCGGCUCCUCCGUACGUGUUUUGUGCACCUUCAGAGCCGAGGCCCCUCGCACCGCGAGCGCUUGGUUUGGUCGCGCGUGGAAGCCUGCACGCCCUACACGCGCCGCCCGAGCGUCUCCGCCGCGGGUGCGCACCUGCCGGCCCCACGCCCCGAGCCCCCGGCUCAGCCCCCGGCUGCUGCGGACGCCGGGCUCGGUCGGGGUCGGAGACCCAGCGCGGCCCGCGGCUCUCCCCGUCGGUCACAAGGGUCAUGAACGGUCAGGUUUAAAGUCUUUUCCCAAAGUGAAUUAUACUUUAAUGUACUACAGGUUGCAUACUACGGAUGGGAGCUAUUACAGUUUAUAAUGUCAAAAACUUUUCUUAGACCAAAGGUAUCUUCCACAAAGGUAACAGACUGGGUAGACCCAUCAUUUGAUGAUUUUUCAGAGAGUACGUGCAUCUCUAUUACUGCCACAUCAUUAGGUGUGAAUAAUUCAAGUCACAGAAGGAAAAAUGUGCCUUCGAGAUUAGAAAGUAGCAGAUUUCCAGCUAGAAAAAGAGAAAAGCCAUCAGAACACGUUUAUGGUCUCGAAAAUUCAAAAGAAUAUCUGUCUGAAAAUGAACCAUGGGUGGAUAAAUACAAACCAGAAACUCAGCAUGAACUUGCUGUGCAUAAAAAGAAAAUUGAAGAGGUUGAAACCUGGUUAAAAGCUAAAGUCAUAGAAAGGCAACCAAAACAGGGUGGAUCUAUUUUAUUAAUAACAGGUCCUCCUGGAUGUGGGAAAACGACAACUGUAAAAAUACUAUCAAAAGAGCAUGGUAUUCAAGUACAAGAGUGGAGUAAUCCAAUUUUACCAGACUUCCAAAAAGAUGAUUUCAAGGAGAUAUUUAAUCCUGAAUCAAGCUUCCAUGUAUUUCCCUACCAAUCUCAGAUAGCAGUUUUUAAGGAGUUUCUACUUAGAGCAACAAAAUAUAACAAACUACAAAUGCUUGGAGAUGAUCUAAGAACUGAUAAGAGGAUAAUUCUGGUUGAAGAUUUACCUAACCAGUUUUACCGAGAUUCUCAUACUUUACAUGAAAUUCUCAGGAGAUAUGUGCACACUGGUCGAUGUCCUCUAAUAUUUAUAAUUUCUGACAGUCUCAGUGGAGAUAAUAAUCAAAGGUUACUGUUUCCCAAAGAAAUUCAGGAAGAGUGUGCUAUAGCAAACAUUAGUUUUAACCCUGUGGCACCAACAAUUAUGAUGAAAUUUCUUAAUCGAAUAGUGACAAUGGAAGCUAACAAGAAUGGAGGAAAUACUAUUGUCCCUGAUAAAACUUCUCUGGAGUUGCUCUGUCAAGGAUGUUCUGGUGAUAUCAGAAGUGCAAUAAAUAGCCUCCAGUUUUCUUCUUCGAAAGGAGCAAACAGUUUAUGGCCAAGGAAGAAAGGAAUAUCUUCAAUAAAAUCAGAUGCUGUGCUGUCAAAAUCAAAACGAAGAAAAAAAACUGAUACGAUUUUUGAAAACCAAGAAGUCCAAGCUAUUGGUGGCAAAGAUGUUUCUCUCUUUCUCUUCAGAGCAUUGGGGAAAAUAUUAUAUUGUAAAAGAGCAUCUUUAACAGAAUUAGAUUCCCCUCGAUUGCCUUCACAUUUAUCAGAGCAUGAGCGAGAUACCUUACUUGUUCAACCUGAGGAAGUGGUAGAAAUGUCACACAUGCAAGGAGAGUUAUUUAAUUUAUAUCUUCACCAAAACUACAUAGAUUUCUUCGUGGAAGUAGAUGAUCUUGUGAGAGCCAGUGACUUUCUGAGUUUUGCAGAUAUCCUCAGCGGUGACUGGAAUACACGUUCUUUACUCAGGCAAUAUAGUACAUCCAUAGCUACGAGAGGUGUGAUACAUUCCAACAAGGCCCGAGGAUUUGCUCAUUGCCAAGGAGGAGGAUCAAGUUUUCGACCCUUGCACAAACCCCAGUGGUUUAUCAUAAAUAAAAAGUAUCGAGAAAAUUGCCUGGCAGCAAAAGCACUUUUUUCUGACUUCUGCUUACCAGCUUUAUGCCUCCAAACUCAGCUGUUGCCAUAUCUUGUCUUGUUAACCAUUCCAAUGAGAAAUCCAGCUCAAAUUUCUUUUAUUCAAGAUAUUGGAAGGCUUCCUCUGAAGCGACACUUUGGAAGGUUGAAAAUGGAAGCCCUGACAGACAGGGAACACGGACUGAUAGACCCUGACAGUGGAGAUGAAGCCCAGCUUAAUGGAGGGCAGCCUGCAGAGGAAGCCCUGGGCGAACCCACUCAGACCGCUGAGCCUGAAACGUGCUGUCUGCCUUGGAGUCAAAAUAGUGGAAGUGAACUGCCCGCCAGCCAGCCUCAGACGUUUUCAGGCCAAGGAGACGUGGAAGAAGAAGAGCUGGUAAUAGAAGACUAUGAAAGCGAUGGGCCGUAGAAGCCGGCCUGCUGCUAAUGGUGCCACCGGCAGAUUCAUGUUCAUUUUACUCAGUUGUAUCUGAACAAAGAUAAUACACUUUUCAAGUGAAUGACAGUUUAAUUCUCCACUCUUGUAGUAUUUCAGCACAAGAAACUGACUUCUCUGUCAUUUUGAAGUAAACAGAAGAUCAAGCCUCAAAUUUUUUUUCUAGUAUUUAUUUAGUCUUGUGUCUGGUGUUGGGAGAGGUCAGUGUGAAUGAAGUGUGUUUGAACAUUAUGCCAAAUAUAAAAAAAUGUGAAGGAAUAAUUUAGAAUACUAAGACUUUAUGGGGUUGUAAAUACGAAUUAUGAAAGUUUAGUAUGCAAUUGAGUGUAAAUAAAUCUUGUGCCUUAUCCAGUUU